AUGAACAAUUGCGUCCCGACCCAUUUUCCAGUUAAAGAGGGUGGUAUAUUCUCGACUAUGGAUGGGGUAUCCGAGGCUCUUGCACAAGCUCUCAAGGGCACCAUCGUACUUAAUCGGGAGGUACCAGGCGAGGGAUGGAUGAACCAGGAGUUUACCAAUGCGAUGAAUAGGCUAAAACUGAGUGGGCUGGAGAGAGUUACAAUGACCAAAUCCGUAAAAGAGGCCCAAGAGGGCCAUGAUUUUAAGUUCGCCUUUGAGUUCGAGACUCACGAGCUUGAAGCCAAUACCCUCCGGAUGAAAACAGGAUAUAAACCAUCCAGGGCCAAUUUAACGCUAUUCUUGCAAGCGAAGGUUGUGAAGUACAAUCUCCAACGGGAUGGUGAGGAUGUACCAAAGUUAAACGAUCGUGAUUCGUCGGUAGAUUUUCUUGAUGGGUACGAGCUAAUAAGCCGGGGAAUAGCCGCAAGCACGUGGGAGCAUUCAAAACAAUAUUAUUCUACCAAUGAGGCCUAUAAAAGAAUGCGUGACACUAAACUUCUAAGUCCAGAGGAAAUUACCCGCGAGCUGCAAGAGGACAGCGAGAGAGACGUCAACGCGCCCAGGAGAUCUCGAAGGACCCACUACGGCUCACAGGCACCGGUAAAGCUUCCCCAGAGCAUGAUUGACUAUGAGGAAGGCAAUACGUCUCGCAACCCUGUGACAAACUCCAUACGCAGAGAUCGGUUACAAGCGGAAAUUCUUCAGUCUGCUAUUGCGGGGGCUCAGAGUCAAGCCGAUGCCUUCAACCAGGCAAACAGAGACACUGGCAAUAAACGUGGAUUCGAUAGAUACGCAUAUGGCGGUGUCCAACAGGUGUACUUCUUCCCGAUUAACAUGGUAGAAACCGCUUUUAGGCUUGCUGUGAGCCAAGAGAUAGACAUACAGUCCAAGGAACAACUCAAUGGCUUCAUGUGGGACUAUCUUAGGUCUCAAGAUAAAGCAAAGAUUUCACUUAUGGCUAUGAUAAACUACCGACCCUGUGUCGCCUCGUCCUCUUGGGAGCUGACUCCGACCGAUGCCCAAAUAAAGAGGCUAAAGUCGCUCGAGGAAUCCCGUAAUCACAAGAAUCCUAAGAGGUCGAUGAAUGCCGGUAGAGUUAAUUCCUCUGACCAAGAUAGGGUCUUACGAUCAAGUUCGCGGGAAAGAGAGGCGAAAGAUUCUACAUCCCGUAAAUCUUUGAAGGAGCGUCAAGGCAUGCGCAGGGACGCGAAGGAGAAGGUAUUCUCUGAAGAUAGAAGGAGAGAUCUUGAGGACUCCCAGGAUAGCAACUUGAACUGGCAGAUUGAAGAAAAUGUACUCAACAUCCUCAUGGCUAUGGAACACAAGUCUGCCGUAACUCCGUACUCAUGCUACUCUUUCUUGGCUCCUAUCUCCCCGAGUACUAGCACAAUAAAGCUGUAA